AUGAAAUUCAAACUCGGUUUUGCAUCUGCUCUUGUGCUUGUUUCCAGCCUGGCCUCAAUGGCCAGCGUGCACACAUUCCUGCGCACCCUUACUAUUAAUGGCAAGCAGAGUGGAGUCAAAGACUCUGCGUCCAACGAUAUGACCUGCAGUAUUCCCGGCUCAAGUAAAGACGCCGACCUCUGCCCCGUUAAAGCUGAGAAUAUGAUCAUUGAAGAAAGCCACCAAGGCCUGUGCUUUGUAUUUAUGGCGCCCUUGGAAUCUAAUGGCAAGGGUGACGUGUGA